AUGUCCGCUAUAUCUGCUGCUGAGGGAGAUGGUCAAUUACCACCGGAACCUCCCACGGUAACCAUUGAUAUGUCUGAACCCCCCGAGGAGCAUUUCAAACCAGCAGUGAGAGCUGUCCUCAAGGAGUAUGCUUACGAGGAUACAUUUGAGCCCCUAUUCCGCGAAUUCAAUGCUACCGUAUUCGGCAAGGAGAAGCUUCAAGACGAAGACUAUGAUACUCUGGCUGAUGCUGCUGAUAAGUUCUUUCCUACGCAGGCUCGUGAGCUCAGGGGCAUAUCGGAAGAGUUCGGUACUCAAGGCCAUUACGUGAGCUAUCCUUAUCUCUCGGCUUGGUUGUAUGCAAUUGAGAUGGAGCACAUCGAAUAUCCUGAUUCAUCAAGCACUACUGCCGAAGACAAUAACGAGUGCACUGCCCUCUUGGUCGCUGAUUGUGAAGGCAAUGUUGUUCAGGGACGUAACAUGGAUCGUCCCCCAGCGUAUACCCCCUACGCCAGGCCAGUCACUCUUAACUUCGAUGUCGUCAACAACUCGAACGGCGUACCUGAUUUCAAGGCUUCUGGUUUCUAUUGGUUAGCAGCUUCGUUUGUCACCGUUGAUAUCCCUGGUCACCUCUCUAUGCAAGCUAACUACAGAUAUUAUCCCACUUACAGAGAGACUCCGACCAAGCAGGAUAUAUUCGAGUAUAUCGAAGAAGGGAGAGCUUCUGCGCUUCAGACGUUCAAUGAGAUGAUCUUUGAACAGGGUAUUAUCGACUUUGAGCCUGCCGUGGAGUACCUCAGCAAAUGUCCGAUGGCUGUUCCAGCGUACCUAUCGAUGGCUGGGACUGGUGAUGAGUUCAAAGCUGUAGUUCUUACUCGUGAUGAAGAUGGUUUGGCCAUUGACCAGAACGGUGAGGUACACGAGCCUGCAUAUUUGAACAAUCAGACUGGUGAUUACAGCGAGGCCGAUAAUUGGUAUUUGGUGCAGACCAACUACGAUCGCUGGGAGGCCGAUCCGAUUUCUGAUCCUAGACGUACUGUUGCUGAGAACUGUGUGAAGGAGCAUGGUAAGACUAAUGAUAUAAAGUCUACCUGGGAUGUUGUCAUGGAUUGCUCCUUUUUAAGCGGAGUCUCUACGAAUCACACUAUUUAUACCUCCAUUAUGGAUCCCACAUAUGGUGACUUCUCCACCUAUAUUCGUUAUGAUGCUGAUGAUGCUUGGAACAAAAACCAUCAGUGA